GGGCCUCAAGGGAUGCUUAAGGAAGCAGGAUUCCCUCGAGGAGUCGGGGCAGGAGGUCUGUCUAAUAUGUCCCUGCGGGAGGCCCUCCUCGCACGCCCGGCGCUUGCCUCUCGCAGGCGAUCGAGCCAAUCAAUCCUACCCCGACGGUGUCCCGUGUGACACCCAGCUUCACUAACAAGUAAACAGACAACAUUGGAAGACAGCUGAAAGGGGCACUUUUAUCAAUAAAACUUUCCCUCUGCAACUGUUUGCCGACACAUCUCGAUGCUGAGCAUGCUGACGACACUGUCGGCGACAUUCGAACGGCCUCGAUUCCCAUCCCAUAUUGCCUGUUGGGUACAUACAACACCUCUCCCCUCACCGAUGGAGCCAUCAGGUGGAACGACAACCAAACAUGCAGGGGUCAAGGUUCGGCUCGUCGGCAGCUGGAGGCCCCACACCAAAACGGUCUAGAGUGGAGGGGUUCAAGCUUCCACUCGAUGGAGAGCAUCUCGUCGUCCACAUUCAAUCCCUCUCGAUCGAUUGUUGUCGACCAGCCCAAAAGGCAUGUGAGACGAAACUCUCGUCACCGACAAAAGCAAAGGCAAAAAUGGCAUCGAGCUGCUUUGCGCGACGGGCGAUAUCGCUGCUGGCAGCAAUUGCCGCACUGACCUCACCCACCGCCGCGUCCACCGACGUCGUCCAGAAGCCGCUCCUCAGCUACUUUGAGUGCCAGCACCCGCCCUAUAGGGUCCAGAUCGUGUCCAAGUCGCCGCUGGUCAUCUACCUGCACGGCUUCAUCACAUCGCAGGAGAGGGAACACCUCCAAGACGUGACAAAAAACACCUUCACCCGUUCCGGCGUGACCCCCAACGACGGCAGCGACGCCGAAAAGGCGAUCCACCAGGUGCGCACCUCGCGCUCGACCAGCGUGUCGCGCGACGCCGUCGUGCGCUGCAUCGAGGACCGCGCCCUCGCGUUCCAGGGCCACGGCGUGACGCGCGAGCACCUCGAGCCGCUGCAGCUGGUCAAGUACGGCCCCGGCGAGCGCUACCACUUCCACACCGACUGGUUCACCGACCCGCAGCACGCCACCCCGGCGCUCGGCGGGAACCGGCUGACGUCCUUCUUCGCCUACGUCGCCGUCUCCAACUCGACGACGACCCCGGCCGAGGAAGGCAGCGAGGAGAAGCAGGGCAUCAUCGGCGGCGGCACCAACUUCCCGCUCGUGGACCCGCCGCGGGGCGGGGGCUGGUGCGGCCCCGACGGCGUCAUCGACUGCGAUGAGCCCUGGGAGAGCGGCACCACGUUCCGGCCCGUCGAGGGGAACGCCGUGUACUGGGAGAACCUGUACCCCAACGGCGUGGGCGACGCGCGCAACCUGCACGCGGGGCUGCCCGUGACCAAGGGCUGGAAGAUCGGCAUGAACAUCUGGACCCGUCAGGGCCCGUUGAGCGAGGAUAUGCGGGCCCCUGAUGUGUGAUGGUUGGCGCGAGCCCAGGUCUAUUAUAGGUAACACGAGUGAAUGUGAGCAUGGCAUUUACGCCCCGCCAUGGCCUCAAGUGAUAUCAGCACCGGCCCAUCUUUGUCUGCGUGUCCGCGUACUCGUCGCCCACCGGGACCACGCCAUCACCGCAGUUCCUAUAGCUACCCAUCCAAACGAUGUCCGUCUCCUGGUCAAACACCACUGAGGAUUCGGAUCCUAGUGUAAGCAGACGCCCGUAGCCCUAAACUCAAACAGCACCAGGGGCAGAAGCUGGACAGAAACUUACACCAAAGUCGAUGGAGCCUUGCUGGUCGCGGUGCGCGCAGUCGACCCAGACGUUGCCGGCGCCGUCGACGCGCGUGCCGCUGAAACGCGCCGCGAUGGCGCGCACCAGGCUCGGCGGGCCGUAGCUCAGCGUCGACCCGCUGUCGAUGAUCAUGGUCGUCGUCGUUAUCGUCCCGGUCAGCGGCCCGCCCUCAGCGGGCGCCAGGGCCGUCAGCGGGUCGCUGCGCGCGUCGCCCGGCUGCGUGAUGCCGAACGACGUCACGUUGACCGAGUAUUGCAGCCAGUUCGGGUCCUGAUUUUCGAUGGGCGGCCAGAGGCGGACCGGUUGGAGUUGUCCGCGGUACUUGUACAGGUUGACUCCGCCAAAGAUGAUUUCGCCUGCGAAACGGGUAUCAGUCCUGCCUGCCCUUCACAUGGUGACAUAUCUUCUGGGGGAAAAGGCCGACUGCAGCCAAGGACAGCACCAAGGAAAGAACUCACUCUCGCCAUCCCCAACACCCCCCAGUCCGAGACUGAAUACGGGCGCCUUGAUGAGUCCGUACGCCCACAUCAUCUGCAACAGGGUGUACGGGUACGACGUGGUCCAGGGGUACGUGUAUCCCAUUCCCAAGACCCCCGCGAAGGCGUAGUCCGAGUCGUCGGCCACGAUGAACUGCACCAGUGGCACCUGAAGCCCGCCGCCGAGGCCCGCCGCAGUGCCGAUGGUGUCAAGCCAGUAGUCGCCCAUGGCCUCGCCGGUGCCGUACACGAGGUGCCGCCGCCCGCCGCCGACGUGGUCGGCCGUCUUGGACUGGCCGGGGUAGUAGGCGCCCGUCCGCCGGCACAGCUGCUCGUCGACCGACCGUGUGCAGUUUGGGCUCACCCAGAGCUCGUACGAGCCCGUGUCGACGAUGACCGAUACCGUUUGCGCCGGCGAGCCGAUUUUCACUGUGUUUGUGCCGGCGGGGCCUGUGUUAGCUCGAGACAAUCCAAGUCCUAGAUCCUGGAAGGGGGUGAGGUCCGGUCAACUCACAGUCAAUCAGAUAAACCAGCCCCCGAUACUCGCGCAAGUUCGUCCGGCCUUCUCGCUUGCCCAGCGCCGCUGCUGCUCCGCCGCCGAUCCCAGAAUAGCUCCACCUCUUGGGCAGCAGCCCGUGUGCAUCUCCGGCCGCGGUGUCCCCGACGGGCUUGGUUCGCAUUGGCGCCCGAAGGAAUCCGUUUCCGGAUGGCUCCUGGCGUCGAGAGAGCAGGUGGCGACGGCCCCCUCCAGCCCCGUCGCCGGACCCAUCACGCGGAUCCCGAGGGAGCCACGCCGGGCCCAAGGCAACGGCCGUGUCAAAGACCGUGGCCAGCACAAGCAGCAGCAACAGCAGAACCGCGCCGGCUGCACUCAACAUGGCGUUUGGGACGGCGUGGCAUCGGGUGUGGUGUUGGCCACGAUCCCCCCCAAGGCGUGGUGGGCCGGUGUUACAUAGCAGCGUGUGCUCUGCGCGAGCAGGGGAGGCGAAAGCCCCGGGGUCCCAUGCCAUAACAUCAGAAGAAAAAGAAAAAGAAAGAAAGGAAUAAGGCGGUUCCGGAAACGGGGCCACUAGCGGCAGGCGAUAUUACGGAGCGCAAAUAAAAUGCCCUCGAGCCAUGUGUCGGAAGCACGCUAAGCAGACUCUCCCGUCCACUGUGCCCCAGAGGGGCGUCCUGGGAAAAGCCACUCAUGCACCUCGUGAAGAUACAGCG